UAUAUCUCCACGAUAACACGAAAAAUAGCAAUCUCGCUCAUUUAAUCUGGAUUGAGAUCGAAAACAAUCGAGGUUAGGAUUUAUUUAGAGAAGAAAGGAGUAAAAAUGAGAGAAGCAAAACGUGUCUCUCUCCGAUUGGCGAUUGUGUUGCUGUUAGCUUUCAUUUCUUUCAAUCAGCUCUUUGCUGAAGAUGAUACGAUCUUGUAUGAGUCGUUUGACAAGUCCUUCGAUGGAAGAUGGAUUGUUUCAGAGAAAGAAGGCUAUAACGGCGAGUGGAAGCAUGAAAAGAGUGAGGGGCAUGAUGAUUAUGGGCUUCUUGUGAGUGAGCCAGCUAGGAAGUAUGCCAUUGUGAAGGAACUCGAUGAGCCUGCGAGUCUUAAGGAUGGAACUAUCGUUCUCCAAUUCGAGACUCGCCUUCAGAAAGGGCUUGAAUGUGGUGGUGCGUACUUGAAGUAUCUAAGACCCCAGGAGGCUGGGUGGGUGCCCAAGGGUUUUGACAAUGAGUCUCCUUAUUCAAUUAUGUUUGGGCCUGACAAAUGUGGAACCACAAACAAGGUUCACUUUAUCUUGAAGCAUAAGAACCCGAAGAGCGGGGAGUAUGUUGAGCAUCACCUCAAGUUCCCGCCUUCAGUUCCACAUGACAAGCUUACUCAUGUGUACACUGCUAUCUUGAAACCUGACAAUGAGUUGCAAAUUCUGGUCGAUGGAGAAGAGAAGAAGAAGGCAAAUUUCCUUUCAUCCGAAGAUUUUGAGCCCCCACUUAUCCCUGCCAAGACCAUCCCUGAUCCAGAUGAUGUGAAACCUGAGGAUUGGGAUGAGAGAGCAAAGAUUCCUGAUCCCGAGGCAGUGAAGCCAGAUGACUGGGAUGAGGAUGCACCUAUGGAAAUUGAAGAUGAGGAUGCUGUUAAACCUGAAGGAUGGUUGGAUGAUGAGCCUGAGGAGAUUGAUGAUCCUGAGGCAACCAAACCAGAAGAUUGGGAUGAGGAGGAAGAUGGUGAGUGGGAGGCACCCAAGACUGAUAACCCAAAGUGUCAGGAAGGCCCAGGUUGUGGUGAAUGGAAGAGGCCAAUGAAGAGAAAUCCAGCAUACAAGGGAAAAUGGCAUGCUCCACUUAUUGACAACCCCAACUAUAAGGGCAUUUGGAAGCCUCAAGAGAUCCCAAACCCCGACUACUUUGAGCUCGACCAGCCUGAAUUUGAGCCCAUUGCUGCUGUUGGUAUUGAGAUCUGGACAAUGCAGGAUGGCAUAUUGUUUGACAAUAUCUUGAUUGCACAGGAUGAGAAGGUUGCAUCCUCUAUUCGGGAUACAACAUGGAAGCCAAAGUUUGACGUUGAGAAGGAGAAAGAGAAGGCUACCGAAGCAGCUGCUGGUACAGAUGCUCUUGGUGGCUUCCAGAAGAAGGUUUUUGAAAUCCUUUACCAGGUUGCAGAGAUUUCUUUCUUAAGCGAGCACAAGGAUAAAAUUAUUGAACUCAUCGAGAAGGCAGAGAAACAACCAAUCAUCACAAUUGGUGUCCUUGUCUCCAUUGUGGUGGUCAUCCUCACCGUUUUCUUGAAGUUAAUUUUUGGUGGAAAGAAGGCCGCGGUGGAGAAGAAACCCGAACCAGUUGCCGAGACAUCCAACACGGAAGGAAGCAGUGAAGAGAAGGCAGAAGAGAAUGAGGAGCCUGCUCCUGCUCGUAAGAGGCAAACCAGGCGUGAGACUUAAAAAGACGAUGAUAUAUCAGUUUUCACUUUUUGUAGAACUCGAGCUUUAGUUGUUUUUGUGGAUUGAUUGCCUUCAUGGCUAUAUUUUUUCUUGUCAUGGCUUGUCAUGGAUCAAACAUCACAGAUGUAUCAGAGAGUGUAAAUGAUUUGAUCUGUCAGGCUCGUAACAGACUGACAGUUAGCCAUCCUAAAAUUAGCCCUUUCUGUUUUAUUUUUAGCUGUGGAAUUAAUACAAUACGUUUUCUUGCCA